AUGGGAAAUUUUGAUCCCCUUUUCUUUCCUCUCCCCCCCGGUUAUGGUUCAGGAAAGGGUCAACGCAAGGAUCUUACUUCGAAGCAAUCUCUGGAGUUUUCCCUUAUCCGAACGGCCAAGCUUACUGCUAGCCUAUCGCCUAGAGCCAAGCUUCGACCGCGACUGCUCGUCACUUCUGGGCGCCUUUUUCCGUCACCCGAGAUCCAAGUCAGCACCGGCAAAGAUCUCUUGAUUCCUCGCGGCCGGGCCGGCUUGGAAGCAAGCUACCUGUCGACCCCAUGGCAGCAAGAAAAAAAAGGCGAUCUUGUGCUAUACUCCGGUGAUCUCUUUCCUACCGAGGCACGCAAACCCCCAUCGUGUCCUAGAUCACAUUCCGUAAAUCGAAAGGGGAAGCCUACUCAUCCAUCAGCUCCUCUCAUAGAUCGGUGCGGUUUUACGAAGCGUCUAAGCACAGUUCACUCGCGUUGA